AUGUGUCUGAAGGGAGCCACCAGCAUCACCCACUACAACCUCGUCUGCCCAGAAAAUACCAUCUACAGCCACAUCGAUAACCAAUGCACCAACGUCACCUCCUACCAAUGCUACACCAACUACACCUGCUCGGGAGUAGGCAACAUUGUCAACGAUUUAGACGAAAACUGCUUCACCUACAUCAGCUGUGUUCAAGAUUUAAGCAAAAUUGUGUCAGCCAGACUUUCGAAGCUAGCUUGUUUGUGCCGUUCACUGUCCACUAUAGAGGGACAAAAAUUACCCCAAGUUGGUAAGUCCUCUGAUGGUAUAACACCGCCGCCUCGUAUACCACGGGGGCCGACGGACAUACUCCAAGCUUUAGCCUCCACAGUCGGCACAGACCCCACCGCUGCUCAUUAUAAAUAUCAUGAUGACCCAUAUCUUAUCCCACUGUCUAACUUCCGGAAACGCUCAUAUGCUUUGUCAGCCGAAGCCGGUCGUAAGGCAGCAGCAUGGGUAAGAGAUGAACACGCAGAACUGUUCACUACAAGAGAAUGGGACCCGCCAAUGAAAAUGAAAACAGAAUACUACAAUGCAGAUCCUCAAAUAGACAUGUAUGCUCCUAGACCCAUAUACAAUGAUGAAAGUAAAGUAACAGAAGAGGACUUGAAAUAUACAAUAAAUAAUGCUCUACUAGAAGAUGCUAUAAAAGUGUUUCACCUACUUGGUGGAGUUGAGGGUGUGAAUGAUGAACUAAAACUCUCUUCUUCAGUUUCUGUGUUUCUAUAA